CUGAUUUGUUCUAACCCUCCAUUAGUAUCUGUUUGAAAAAACAUCUGGAAAAUGAACCUCUUCCUGGAAACGCUCAAAGUCCUGGUGCUCUCCAUAUAUUACCUGCUGGAGUCUCUAGUUCGGUGUGUUAUUCCCAGGCGAAAGAAGAAUGUUACUGGUGAAAUAGUGCUGAUCACAGGAGCAGGGAGUGGAAUUGGAAGACUGGUGGCCUUAAAGUUUGCCCGUCUUGGAGCUGUCCUUGUUCUUUGGGACAUCAAUCCAGAAGGUAACAAGGAGACUGGUAGACUAGCCAAGGAAGCUGGAGCAGUGAGAGUACACACCUAUGCCUGCGACUGCAGCAAAAGGGAAGAGGUCUACAAAGUUGCAGAUCAGGUGAAAAAAGAAGUUGGCGAUGUUAACAUCCUAAUCAAUAAUGCUGGUAUUGUAACUGGAAGGAAAUUUAUUGAAUCUCCAGAUUCCCUUAUGCAGAAAACCAUGGAAGUGAAUGCAGUGGCACAUUUCUGGACAUACAAAGCCUUCCUUCCAGCUAUGAUUGCCUCUAACCAUGGACAUUUGGUUAGUAUUGCAAGCGCAGCAGGACUCUUUGGCACCAAUGAGCUUGCAGAUUAUUGUGCAAGUAAGUUUGCAGCAGUGGGCUUUGCAGAAACCAUUGAUGUAGAGAUGCGUGCUCUGAAGAAAACUGGCAUUAAAACAACCAUUGCGUGUCCAUACUUCAUCAAUACAGGCAUGUUUGAUGGCGUUACAACCAGGUUUCCAUGUCUGCUUCCUAUCCUGGAUCCAGAGUAUGCAGCUGAGGCGAUCGUCAAUGCUAUUCUACGGGAACAAGUGUAUUUGAUAAUCCCAGCACUAGUGUGCAUUUUAUUUGCUGUGAAAAAUUUACUGCCUGUGAAAGUAGCACGUCUCUGGGAAGAUUACUUUGGAGUUUCUCAUUCCAUGGACCACUUCUGUGGUCGGGUGAAAAAGGACUGAGAACAGAACGACAGUGUCAGACACCAGCAGCUUUAUGCUAACAUGGACCAGUUUAGAGAGACAAAAGGUCAGCUGCUUCAGCAACCAAGAGCUUAAGGUGCCUCACACUUCAUGUUUGUAUCAGUUCUAAUAAACAGCUUGCAUCCUGUGCCAGCUUGUCCUCCAGUGAGAACAGUGCAGUGUUUGUAGAAAGUUUGUUUAACCCAAUCGGGAGUUCUGUCAGUAGUAUCUGUCUUAAUUUAUGUACAUGACAAAGUGAUCAUAAGUGGAACCUUCUGGGUGACCUCAGUUAAGAACUUGGCAGCGUAACAGAAUUGGAAGCUGAAUUGGCCUUGUUCUGUAUGCAUCUGGAUUGUAGAGGAGCAAUAUUAGGAAGCUUUCAUUGUUAGUGACUGGCUAAGGGAGGUAAUUCCCUGAACUGUCUGGCAUCUUUUUACACUCUCUGAAAAUCACUUUCUUAUGAAUAUGACUAAUGGCUGUGAAAAUAUGAUAAAUAUUAAACAUGUUAA